ACAACACCUGACAGAUAAAAAAGAAGAAAAACCACAUCAGCCAUUUCAGAUCCCAGCAAACAUACAAAGAUCAGUUCCAAACUUGGUAAUCACACUCAACAAACUAGAAACUGAAUACUCUAAUACAUAUCUCAAAGAAUGA